AUGGCUACAAUUGCUCUUGUUAUGUUGGUGAUUGUCUUCAAGCAUCAAAUAAAUAUCUCCCUCACCGGCAACGACUUAUUCGAAACCACGGGCUAUAUUCGUGGGCACUGCACAGAACCAUCGUACAUUGUCAAAUAUAGAGCUGGUGCGAUCCCGUUCCUGGCAUCAGUGAUCGGCAAGGUAGCAUCUUAUUUGUCAGCUCCAGUCAUGACACUCAUAUCGUUUAAUAUUGCCUACGACCUGAUGCAGUCAUCGACGGAGCCAAAUCCGACAAGGUUACCCUCACCAUUUCAAACGGGCCUACUCAUCAGUUUGUUGACAGGAAAUGCGUGGUCCCUCUGGGAUGUUUGCAAAUAUCUGUUUCAGUGGCGCUCAAGGCGAGUACCAAUGACUUACGUGGUCAAGUUGGCACUAGUUACAUUAUCGUUUGUGAUGUGCUUGAGCUUCCUAUGUCAAGUGGUCGAUGCAUGGCUCCACAGGAGUAUACAGCCCAUCAUAUGCACAAGCAUUGGCCCUUCUUCGUCGCCAAGUUUCAACUUCGGACGAAAUUUGUCCUCAACAUGUCAGCAAUACUACGAGAAUGCCAGCGUUGAUAAUCAGUUUCUGGCUGCGAAUCCCUACACAUCUCCUAGUGAAAGGACCCCAUGUAAUCUUGACCACUCUGGCUCGGCUUAUUAUCCCAAAAAUGUAACGGAGAGCUACCAGCUUGUCCUAGGCGCCACCCUGUCCAACAACAUUACCGUGGAGACAUACGAGGGACAACAGAUUGCGAUUCUCGUCCCGUCUAAGCCACCUAUAAACACAGAUUGGCGGGCCAAAACCGUUGGCAGUGCAACAAACUGCGUACCAAUUACCCGUGAAUGCAUGCCGAGGAGUGUGGAAGCUUAUAGUCAAAAACAACUAUUUGACUGCUCUAACAUGACCCUCAUGGACGUAUCAAAUGGUAAAGAGUUCAAUGGUGACCUUGAUCGGGAGAAAUUCUAUCAGAAGCUCUUCCAGCAGAAAGGUCACGAAACUGUGUCAAGAUACAAUUUGACAAAUCCACAUCUCUUUGGCGUCGCGGCCGUAUUCGCCGGAUCACCACCAAACUACAACAAGACGGCCACAGCUGAUGAAGCCUUAGUUUCGACCAUUGGCAAUGUUCCUUUUAUUGUUGCUUGCAAUAGCACCAUCUACGACGUGAUAUAUCGAUCUGUGAACCAGACCAUAACGAUUGAAACCAUCAGUCCGAGUAUCCUAGACGUGUCACAGAGCAUCAAUGGGCCGAUGAUGAUCGCCCAGCAAGUAGUCCAGCCCUCACUACAAAUGAGAUUCUUAUACUCCAUGGCUGCAGCCUAUUCAGAAAUGGAAACCGCAAAUACCUUUGGACGAUGGUACAGCGAGACAUCACUAGCAUUUUCCAUCGCGGCAUUCGAAGAAGUACCCAGCCUGGCAGAAAGGACAGGCACAACAUCAGUCGUCACCUGCGUGCCCAAAGCGGCAUUGUGGACCCUGAUCGCCUUGACGGGUGUCUACGUAAUUCUCGGCAUCGGGCUAACUAUGCUCGCAUGUCUUGCUGGUGACGCACGGAGCGUAAAAUCACAAUUGAGCGUGGCCGGCCUUGUCGCUGCCAGAUUCGAGAAUAAUGAUCCCGGCGUGGUGGUGGGGACUGCCAAUUUGGGAGGAGAGUACGGUGACGGCGGCGGCAGCAGCUGUAACCACAAUAACGACACCAACAGCGACCACGGCAGUAUCAAAAAUCUGUUCGAAGAGUACCACCGACAUGAUGGUCGGGAGCCCCGGUGCAUGAUUAGUAAGGUCGGAUUUGCGCCUGUCCCCAGUAAUCGCUGGCGAUAUGUUUUGACCAGACAAUCAUCAUCUAAAUAA